UUCCAACGGCCUCUCUCUCUUUUACCCGCGAAAAAGCGCGAAACGAUUUUGCCUUGCUUGAACAACUGCCAAAGGAAAGAGAAACGAAUAUCUUUCCUGCUCUGUUCAUACUAAAGUUUGCGUAUUCCAUCGUCGCCUAUCGCAAAUUUAUUCCAUUCUAGUCUCUUCUCUCAGGUAACUUCGUGGAAAAAGAGGAAGGAGAAGUGAGUGCCAACAAUUAAGGUAUUUUCUCGAACUUUCAGAUCACACUCAAUGGAGGAGUCGUCGAACAGGCGGCGUCAACAAUGGUCUAGUAGCUCCGGCGAGAUUUCCACCGACUUGGGAGCGGAAAAACUUGUUUACGAUGGCGAUGCAAAUCCAAGCGAAUUGCCGAGAAACAAUUCCACCAGUGCCGAUUUUGCCGGGCCUGUUGACAGGAGUUUGCCAGUGCAUGCUAUUGGAAACGUGGAAAGGCCAGCAGAUACUAAUCCUCCUUCAACUCAGCCUGCUAAGGACAAGAAAGGCAGACUGAACCACCGUUCUAUUGGAUUUCUAGGAUCAAAGUUCUUUGAUGAAAAACUCCCUCUAAAAAAGAAGCUCAAAUUGCUGAAACGGAGUGGUGCCGUUCAACAAGAUGGAACUGUAAAAUUUAAAGUCCCAGAAGAUAUUAAACCUGAACGUCUUGAUUUUGGUACUGGAAUUGUUUACAGUGGAGCUACAGGUGAAGUUACUAGUGAUACAACAGAUAUUCAAGAUUUACGUCCAUUGGAAAUUGUUAUGCUAAUUGUUGGAACCAGAGGAGAUGUACAACCAUUUGUCGCCAUUGGGAAAAAAUUACAGGAAUAUGGUCAUAGGGUGAGGUUGGCAACACAUUCCCCUUUCAAAGAGUUUGUCUUGGGUGCUGGAUUAGAGUUUUAUCCACUUGGCGGGGAUCCAAAGGUCCUUGCUGCUUAUAUGGUAAACAAUAAAGGUUUCUUGCCAUCUGGGCCUUCUGAAGCACAAAUCCAACGCAAACAAAUAAAAGAUAUCAUGCUCUCCUUGUUGCCUGCAUGUAUAGAGAGUGAUCCAGUAUCUAAUAUUCCAUUUUAUGUAGAUGCCAUCAUUGCCAACCCUCCAGCAUAUGGGCAUACUCAUGUUGCAGAAGCACUAGAUGUACCAUUGCAUAUAUUUUUCACAAUGCCAUGGACGCCAACAAGUGAAUUUCCGCACCCUCUCUCUCGUGCUACACAACCGGUUGCAUACAGACUAUCAUAUCAAAUUGUUGAAGGAUUAAUCUGGCUUGGAAUACGAGAUAUCAUUAAUGAUUUCAGAAAGAAAUAUUUGAAACUAAGGCCAAUCACAUAUUUGAGUAACUCUAACAGUUCACCUACCGACAUCCCACAUGGGUAUAUCUGGAGUCCACAUCUUGUUCCAAAACCCAAAGAUUGGGGGCCCAAAAUUGAUGUGGUGGGAUUUUGUUUUCUAGACCUUGCUUCUAAUUAUGUUCCACCAGAAUCACUUUUAAAAUGGCUUAAGGAUGAUCAAAAGCCCAUCUAUAUUGGCUUUGGCAGCCUACCUGUUCAAGACCCAAAAGGAAUGACUAAGACAAUUGUUCAGGCAUUGGAGAGAACUGGACAAAGAGGCAUAAUUAAUAAAGGAUGGGGUGGCCUGGGGAACAUGACAGAGCCAAAGGAUUUUGUGUAUUUAUUGGAUAAUUGCCCUCAUGAUUGGCUGUUUGCUCGAUGUGCUGCUGUGGUGCAUCAUGGUGGUGCAGGAACAACUGCGGCUGGUCUUAAAGCUGGGUGUCCAACAACUGUAGUACCUUUCUUUGGGGACCAAUUUUUUUGGGGUGAUCGUGUACAUGCUAGGGGAGUGGGUCCUGCACCCAUCCCCGCAGAUGAGUUCUCACUUGAAAGGCUGGUUUCUGCUAUUUACUUCAUGCUAAAACCAGAGGUUAAAGAGCGUGCUAUUGAACUGGCAAAAGCCAUGGAAAAUGAGGAUGGUGCAAUGGGAGCCGUAAAAGCUUUCUACAGACAUAUUCCUCGGGAGCGGCUCAGGACAGAAUCAUCAGAAUCAUCUAAAAUAUCACGCCUUAAAACUGAAUCUAAAAUAUCACGUCGUCCUAACACUCGGUUCUCUUUAAAAUGUUUUUUUGGUCAUUCAUGAUUUUGAAAAUGAAAGCAGUG